UGUUACGACGGUGUGACGUCGCUUGCAGCUAAUAUACAGCAAAUCAUGGAAGGGAAACGGAAUUUAGAAUCGUCUUCUUAUCCUAAUUCUCAUCUGAAACGGAAGCAUCAUAGUGAGAAAGCUGACUCUGAUGAUGACAGCUAUGUGCCAUACGUGCCUCUGAAAGAGAGACGCAAACAGAAGGUUGACAGGAUCCAGAAGAUUGUGACUCGUAGGGUGGUAGAGCCAAAUGAGGAUGGAGAGAAACAAUACUUAGAAGAGGAGGAGCUGGACACUGGACCCAGGGCCAAUGUCAGCCUCCUAGAUCAACAUUCUGAACUCAAAAAGAAGGCAGAGAGUACUAAAUCAACGGCACUGGACAAACAGCUGGAAGAAGAACAGAAGAUUCUUAAUAACAUUCAGGAGCAAAGAGCUCUGAAGACUGCAGCAGAAUUGGCAAAAGGCAUCAUAUACUCUGAGUCACUUGUUACAGGAUGGAAACCGCCGAGAUGCAUAACCGAAUUGGGUGAGGCUAGGCAUGAUAGGGUGCGCAAGAAGCUUCAUAUACUGGUAGAGGGGCAUGACAUACCCCCUCCCAUCAAGCACUUUAAGGAGAUGAAGUUUCCAAAGAGCAUCAUUUAUGGGCUGAAGAAGAAAGGUAUUACUAAGCCCACACCAAUCCAGAUACAGGGUCUACCUGUGAUACUUGAAGGGCGUGACAUGAUCGGUAUUGCUUUCACUGGUUCUGGGAAGACACUCGUUUUCUCCCUGCCUAUCGUCAUGUUUGCUCUCGAGCAAGAGAAGAGGAUGCCGUUCAUCAAAAAUGAAGGCCCCUAUGGUCUCAUCAUCUGCCCAUCGCGUGAGUUAGCUCGUCAGACCCAUGAUGGUAUUAUGCACUUUAUCAAGUGUUUGGAAGCAGAUAACCAACCAACUCUGAGGAGCAUGCUGUGCAUUGGAGGUGUGUCUGUUAAAGAACAGAUGGAUGCAGUUAGAUCAGGUGUUCAUAUAGUGGUGGCUACCCCAGGACGGCUGAUAGACAUGCUCAACAAGAAAUGCUUCACGUUAUCCGUCUGCCGAUAUCUCUGUCUGGAUGAGGCUGACCGCAUGAUUGACCUGGGAUUUGAAGAAGAUAUUAGGACGAUCCUAACGUAUUUCAAGAGCCAGAGACAGACACUCCUCUUCAGUGCUACUAUGCCCAAGAAGAUCCAGAACUUUGCUAAAAGUGCCCUCGUUCGGCCCGUGACUGUCAAUGUAGGACGAGCUGGAGCAGCUAGUCUUGAUGUGAUCCAGGAGGUGGAGUAUGUCAAACAAGAAGCUAAGAUGGUCUAUCUCUUAGAGUGUCUCCAGAAAGCACCACCUCCGGUGCUGAUCUUUGCUGAGAAGAAAGCUGAUGUAGAUGAUAUUCAUGAAUAUCUCCUUCUCAAAGGAGUUGAAGCCGUUGCUAUACAUGGAGGAAAAGACCAAGAGGAGAGAACCAAAUCAAUAGAGCAGUUCAGAGCAAGAGAGAAGGAUGUGUUGGUUGCUACAGACGUUGCCUCCAAGGGUUUAGACUUUCCUGACAUUCAGCAUGUCAUCAACUAUGACAUGCCAGAAGACAUUGAAAACUAUGUUCACAGGAUAGGACGUACUGGUCGGUGUGGAAAGACUGGUAUAGCUACAACAUUCAUCAACAAAGCUUGUGACGAGUCUGUACUGCGUGAUUUGAAGCAUCUCUUGAUAGAAGCCAAGCAGAAACUCCCACCAGUACUUGAAGCCAUCGAGGAUGAGAAUGAAGAAUAUAUCAACAUUGGAGAUGAGCGUGGUUGUUCAUACUGUGGUGGUCUUGGUCACAGGAUUACAGAGUGUCCCAAGUUGGAAGCCAUGCAGAACAAGGCGGCAAGCAGUAUCGGCAGGAGAGACUACCUGGCCCAUGGAGCUGCAGAUUGGUGAAGAAAAGACAUCCAAACAGUCGUACGUUACAGCAGAAUCUGUUUGUCCGUUGGUUCUUGUGAAUCUCUGUGUAAGGAUGAUGUACCAUUCCAAAAGACUGAAUAUUUAUUAUCCAUGAGGACUAAAGAGCUGCAGAUUGGCAACAAAAGGCUUCUGCUCAUCUCGCUCCACCAGAGUCUGUUUGCUUGUUGCAUCUAGGUAGUCACAACACUGAACAGUUCAUAUGAAACAGAGCAGCCAGGACGAUCAUCAAGAGGCACUUCUUUCUUAUGGUACAGCAGAUUGGUGAAUAAACAUACAUGGACAUCUGCUGUAUUUGCUUCAGCAAAAUAUGUAUGCCUGUUACUUUACCUGAACCUGAACCCAUGACAAAUAGGUAUAGCAGGCUUGUAGAGAUACAAAUCAGUAAGCGAUUGGAAAUCAACUAGCCGUGAAGCAUAUGCUCACAGCCAAUCAAAUACCAGGUUUUUAGUAGCUAUUAACAGUUAUUGUAACUUAUUAUUGAUAAGCAGUUUUGUGAAACAGAGCCCUGGUCUGUGUGUUCUGCCUUGUCAUCCAUUUAUUGGCAGUACUGGCAGCUUCCUAAAUCCUUUGAAUCAUGGGAUGAAAGUUCUGACCUGAAAAAUGUAUGUAAACAUACAUAUGCAUGUAUGUAGAGUUUGUACCAAUGUGAUCUUGUUAAAGUACUAGACUGAUUUCUGGAUAAAUGUGACCUGAAAUGUACUCUUUAAACGCUGGUAUAAAUCAAGACAUUGAAUUUUCAUGGGUUAUGUAUACAAAUAAUAAUAUUCUGCUUUUAUAUAGCGUUUAAUACAUCUAUGAUGU